AUGAACGAGUAUGGAGAGGUCAAUAGAGCCCCAGUCGGCACCGAAGAGGACAGAGGUGGGGCUUACAUGGAGGAGGAUGACACUGUCACCGGGGCGGAUGUAGUGGUGGACGGCUCAACGGACAACGUAGGCGGACUCAUCGGAAAGAUCGACGACCACGAUGAAAAUGCAAAGGACUUGCUCGCAGAGGCUACAACACGAUGGAACUCAACCUAUUUGAUGUUGGAAGCGGUUGAGAAGUUUGAGAAGGCUUUCAGACGGAUGGAGAGUGAGGAUUAUAAUUUCCUCCCUUACUUUGAUAAUUGGCACAUGGGACCUCCUAAAACUACGGAGUGGGAGACAGUUUUUUUAGAGACUUAUGAUCUUCAAACUGAAUUGAUUAUGCUGAGCGAGAGUACUAAUACUUGUUUGAGGAGUAUGGUCAUAAACAUGAGAACCAAAUAUGAUAAGUAUUGUGGGUCAUUAGAUAUGAUGAACUUAUUCAUGUUAAUUGCUGUUGUGCUUGAUCCACGAAGCAAGUUAGAAUUUCUUACUUUUCAUUUGAAGAAAAUUCAUGAUGAGUUUCGUGCUGAGGAGAUGGUUUCGAAUGUGAGACAGAUAUUAGCAGAUUUGUAUGCAGAGUAUAAUGUUACAUUCGGUUCCACCAUGAGUACCCCAGUUUCUCAACCUCCUCCAACAUCUACAUUCAUGAAUGAAGGUAAUGGCAAACGUGAGACCAAAUGGUUCUAG